AUGCAUAUGCCUCGAAAGCGAAACGUGGCCUCGAGAAAACGUAGCGGAUGCGUUACUUGCCGGGCACGUCGCCUCAAGUGUGAUGAGGCCAAACCACACUGUUCCAAUUGUACCCGGCUCCGGCUACAAUGCGGGGGCUACGUUACUCGAUUCAGGUUCAGAGACCAGACUGACUUGUUGAGGAACAAGCACCAGAGGAAUGAAAGAGACAAGGCGUCUCCACAGACGGCAAACGAGGCGCCAGGGACCCCAAGACUCGGAGAUGAUCAAGGGCAGGCGUCGACCCAUCCAACUCCUCCGCCAGACACUGGCCGGCUGUCGACUUCGCUACUCCCUUGCGCAGGCGAAAUAGAGUCGUCUCCACAAUCCAUCGUGCCUGGAGACGAUGCCCCGUCAAUUGUCCAGGACAUCGAUCCAAAUGAGAGUCAUCAAACAGACCCUGAAGCUCAACAAAGAGUUGUCGACAACUCUGCAACCUCGCCUCCUCUUGCCGUGGAACCCUUUCUCAACCCCCCAGUCGCCUCAAUUCGAGCCUCCCAAGACCAUGGCCUCAUCGACGCCACCACAAGUCCAGCAUCCAGCCAUGAAGCAGUGCCUGCUCUUGUCGAGACACAGCUCGAGAGGUUCCCUCUUGUUGACAGCCCCGAGCAGCAACGACCUGGCUCGACACCACACCCCGCUCGACUUGAAAUCACGGGAAUCGAAGCGAUUUUCCCAAUCAUUCAAAACUCUCCGGCCUCGAGCGAGUGGACCGACCAACAGACCGACACAAGUUGGUGUGGGUUUCCAACCGUUGUCCAAGAGCCUGAACCGUCGUCAGUUGCACCACCAGGUCUGUUUGAAGCGGCAAAGUUCCCACAGGACAUGAUAUACUAUCAUCAUCUGUGUGACCCUUCAUUAUCGGGCCUCCUCUCUGUCCUUGGGGUUCGUGAUGUCCUAGGCAUCGGUGGGUUGGACAAGGGCUUCUUUCACGCCGCCCUGGCAUUAUCCGCCCUUCACAUGUCCCAAUCAUCUUCUGUGUCCAAGGUGGUUGCCGACUGCGCUGCCCUACACGCGUUAGAUCACUUUGUCGACGCUCUCGGUUACAUGCGGUCAGCGCAUUUGAGCGAUGGUAUUGCCACGAUUGAUGCGCCUGGUAGGGGCCAAAACACCAUCGCAUGGCUUGCCACUUUGCUUCUGCUUGCCAAUUUUGAGCUCAACCGGGGGCAAAUAAAGCUCUGGUACGUGCAUAGCCAUGCUGCUGUGACAUAUCUAUCCCACAACGUCUCUCAAGUUGGCGAACUACCUGUUGGGAAGUCCAUCAUUCGCUCGUUCUCCCGCAUUGCCGCUUACCUGGAAAUCUUCGAUCGAUCAUAUACUGCUUGCCAUAGCCUUGCAACUUCAAACGUAUCAGCAAUGCUCGGAACAUCUCUGAGAACUUCGACGGACUCGUUUGAUCGGCUACUCUACAUCUUGCCUAGAGUGGGUGAGUUUGAAGAAGAAUGCCGGACAAGUCCUCAACUUGAUAGUCACUGGCGCGCGCAAGCACGAAGCCUUAUCGAUGAGCUGAAAGCAUGGCGGCGGUCUCUGGCUGACCGUGAUGUGCCGUCUGCAGAUGAGGUAGAUGCCGACCCAUGGAAGUUGAGCGAAGAUGGCUCGAUAUUGAUCAUUCGCCCCUUGACGCUGAGCCGCGCUGCCAACCCAGCCAAGGCUGCCACUAGCUUCAUGCACUACCUGGUGUCACUGGUGAGGCUUGAAAUGAAGUAUUCACCUGGAGUGAGACGAAAGCUUCCGGAGAACGGACGCAAGCUUAUUCUUGUUGCUUGUCGUCUCGCAGCUGGUGUGUCUAGCUCUGUCUGUGCCGCCAGCAACGCCUACGGUCACGGAAUGGUUCCUGCAUUAAUGAACGCUUACUACUCGUCCGACGACCAAGCAGCAAAGGCGUGGAUCAAAGACUGGAUCUCUCAGUUUCCACGGGACAGAGAAGGGAUAUGGAAUGUGCGCCAUGCUCAUAGGCUGCUUGAGUACAUUGAUCAAGAGUACAGCCAACGAGGGUCGAGGCUUGGCUGGGAAGUCAUAAAAGUAAGAAUGGUUGACCUGGAGGAGAAUAGUAUACCGCAGGACCACGAUGACGGAUCGGACCGUUUCUCGGUAGAGAUCUACUCCCGUUGUGCACGUGGCUGGAGUAUCGACUUUGUAGAAAUCCCAUGA